CUUGAGAGCAGAACGCUCAGAGCAGCUGCAGAGCGGAAGCUCAGAGGAAACAGAUCAACCUGCAGGGGGAACCUCGUUUAAGAUUCAUUGAACAGUGGUUUCAGUUCAGCAACCGUCGGUCCCAGACAGAAGAAAGGAGCAAACAGCAAGACAGAAUCACAGGGCAAGUGCAGCAGUGGAAACACAUACAGUGGUUUCCAGUGUUCAUGCAGGUUACAGUGUCGUCAACUGAAGUGUGUUUCUGAACGUUUCUCCGCCCUGAAGUGACAAGGCCAGUUAAGCAAGAAUAAUGGCAGGCAGCGCAUUUGAGAGGGAGUUCCUGGAGGCCCAUAAUACAUACCGUCAGCGACAUGGAGCCGCUCCUCUGACCUUGAACAAGGACCUGUCCAGGUCAGCUCAGAAGUGGGCUGAGUAUCUACUGGCCAGCAAGAAGAUGCAGCACAGUCAGGCAGACUACGGGGAGAACCUGUACUACGCUUGGAGCUCUGCACCAAAACAACUCAAAGGGAAAGAGGCAGUGGAUAACUGGUACAAUGAAAUAAAAGAUUACAGUUUCAGCAGACCUGGAUUUCAGUCCAACACAGGACACUUCACCCAAGUGGUUUGGAAGGGAUCUGAAAAGCUGGGAGUGGGCCUUGCCACUGAUGGAAAGACGACUUUCGUGGUUGGCCAGUACCUUCCAGCAGGGAACAUCAGUAAUCCAGGGUACUUUGAGAAAAACGUCUUGCCAGCAGGCUCCUCUGUGGGAAAGCAUGCUGACGCUGGUGCUGCAUCUGGAGGGAAUGAUCGGGGCAGUUUACCCCCGAGGAAAUCAGGGAGUGACCACAACUCAAGCAGCCUCACAGGCAGCGGUUUUGAGAAGGAGACCCUUGAGGCCCAUAAUACAUACCGUCAGCGACAUGGAGCCGCUCCUCUGACCUUGAACAAGGACCUGUCCAGGUCAGCUAAGAAGUGGGCCGAGUAUCUACUGGCCAGCAAUAAGAUGCAGCACAGUCAGGCAGACUACGGGGAGAACCUGUACUACGCUUGGAGCUCUACACCAAAACAACUCAAAGGACACUUCACCCAAGUGGUUUGGAAGGGAUCUGAAAAGCUGGGAGUGGGCCUUGCCACUGAUGGAAAGACUACUUUCGUGGUUUGCCAGUACCUUCCAGCAGGGAACAUCAGUAAUCCAGGGUACUUUGAGAAAAACGUCUUGCCAGCAGGCUCCUCUUUUACCCCGAGGAAAUCAGGGAGUGACCACAACUCAAGCAGCCUCACAGGCAGCGGUUUUGAGAAGGAGACCCUUGAGGCCCAUAAUACAUACCGUCAGCGACAUGGAGCCGCUCCUAUGACCUUGAACAAGGACCUGUCCAGGUCAGCUAAGAAGUGGGCCGAGUAUCUACUGGCCAGCAAUAAGAUGCAGCACAGUCAGGCAGACUACGGGGAGAACCUGUACUACGCUUGGAGCUCUACACCAAAACAACUCAAAGGGAAUGAGGCAGUGGAUAGCUGGUACAAUGAAAUAAAAGAUUAUAGUUUCAGCAGACCUGGAUUUCAGUCCAACACAGGACACUUCACCCAAGUGGUUUGGAAGGGAUCUGAAAAGCUGGGAGUGGGCCUUGCCACUGAUGGAAAGACUACUUUCGUGGUUUGCCAGUACCUUCCAGCAGGGAACAUCAGUAAUCCAGGGUACUUUGAGAAAAACGUCUUGCCAGCAGGCUCCUCUGUGGGAAAGCAUGCUGACGCUGGUGCUGCAUCUGGAGGGAAUGAUCGGGGCAGUUUACCCUCGAGGAAAUCAGGGAGUGACCACAACUCAAGCAGCCUCACAGGUGCAGUUGUGAAGAAUUCAGAGUUCAGUCUCUCAGCUGUGGACACGAUGAACAGCUACCGUAGACAGCACAGGGCGAAGCCUUUGUCUCUCUGCCCCUCCCUGUCUAAGGAAGCUCAGGAGUGGGCCGACUUCCUGCUGAAAUCAAAGAUGCUUCGUAACCAUGGCAAAGGCCAUGGAGAGAGCUUGUGGUACCAAUCUGGAUCCUCUGUCUCUACCCCGAAAGGCUCGGAUGUUGUUAAGUCUUGGUACGAAGAGAGUUCGAAAUACAACUUCUCCUCCCCAGGAUUCCAAAGAGGGACAGGUAACUUCACACAGAUGGUCUGGAAAUCCAGUGAGAAAGUUGGGGUUGCCAUAGCAACUAAUGGGUCUGGUCUGUUCUUCAGCGUGGCCUUUUUUGAGCCUCCAGGGAAUGUCAGCAACACAGGCUAUUUCCGGGACAAUGUGAGCGCCAAGAGUUAAGAGAAGUUGAAGUGAAAUGAAGAUAGGAGCUGGAUUGGUUUGACACAAAAUAUCCUGUAUUAAUUCUAUUUAAACCAAUUUGAUCUGUGUGUUAUAAUUCCUUGGAAAUCGUUUUGAUGCUUGUUUCUUUUACUUGGCAUUCCAUGUCAAUAAAUUUCCCUCACAGAAUCAAAAGAGUAUCUAUACUUAAAGGAACCGUAUGUAAGAAAUGUAUUU